GACAGGAAGCGUCCACUGGAGGUCGCGGCCCUCUCGCUACCUAAGGGUCAGCCGGGGGAGUCGGCAGCGCGCCACACCGCGAGCCGGAGCCGCCCAUCGCCGUCCCUGCUGGCACCACACACAGUAACGGCCUUUAAAGUAGGUAUGAAGUGAAGGCGGACGGCGGCGAGGCUGAAGCAGCGCCCCGCUCCUAGACACCGCGCCGUCAGGGGCGCCUGGGUAGCUGGGAGAGUGAGGGCGUGCAUGCCACGCCCCACCGAGCUUCCUGUCGGUCCACGUGACCACGUGCGCACGUGCUCCUGCUUCCUGGCCCCGCGGGUAGCAAACUCCGCCUGGCUACUCCCUGCUGCUGCCCACCUUGAGACGACGCAGGCCUGGUGGGGAAGGCGGCGGGUAUAGGAAGCGUUGGAGACUCAGCGCCUGCCGAGCAGGGCUGAGCAGCAGGCCCGGGUGGGCAAACAGCGGCUUUGCCAUGAACCCCAGGGGCCUGUUCCAAGACUUCAACCCGAGUAAGUUUCUCAUCUACGCCUGCUUGCUGCUCUUCUCGGUGCUGCUGCCCCUCCGCCUGGAUGGCAUCAUCCAUUGGAGCUACUGGGCCGUCUUCGCCCCGAUAUGGCUGUGGAAGCUUCUUGUCAUCGCGGGCGCCUCAGUGGGUGCUGGUGUUUGGGCCCGAAACCCUCGCUACCGCACCGAGGGGGAGACCUGCGUGGAGUUCAAAGCUAUGUUGAUCGCCGUAGGCAUCCAUCUGCUGCUGCUCAUGUUCGAAGUCCUGGUCUGCGACAGGGUGGAGAGAGGAACCCACUUCUGGUUGCUGGUCUUCAUGCCACUCUUCUUCGUAUCCCCCGUGUCCGUGGCUGCCUGCGUGUGGGGCUUUCGACAUGAUCGGUCACUUGAGCUGGAGAUACUGUGUUCUGUCAACAUCCUGCAGUUCAUCUUCAUCGCCUUAAGGCUGGACAGGAUUAUCCACUGGCCGUGGUUGGUGGUGUUCGUGCCCCUCUGGAUCCUCAUGUCGUUUCUCUGCCUGGUCGUCCUCUAUUACAUUGUCUGGUCCCUCCUCUUCCUUAGAUCCCUGGAUGUGGUGGCCGAACAGCGGAGAACACACGUGACCAUGGCCAUCAGCUGGAUCACGAUUGUCGUGCCCCUGCUCACUUUUGAAGUUCUGCUGGUUCACAGAUUGGAUGGCCACAAUACAUUUUCUUACAUCUCCAUUUUUGUCCCUCUUUGGCUUUCACUAAUAACUUUAAUGGCCACUACAUUUAGGCGAAAAGGGGGCAACCAUUGGUGGUUUGGAAUUCGCAGAGAUUUCUGUCAGUUUCUGCUGGAAAUUUUCCCAUUUUUAAGAGAAUAUGGAAACAUUUCAUAUGAUCUACAUCAUGAAGAUAGUGAAGAUACUGAAGAAACAUCCAUUCCAGAUGCUCCUAAAAUUGCUCCAAUGUUUGGAAAGAAGACCAGGGUAGUUAUAACCCAGAGCCCCGGAAAAUAUGUUCCCCCACCGCCCAAGUUAAAUAUUGAUAUGCCAGAUUAAACUCGAUUUCGAGAUUUAAAGUCCAUAAGUAUUUAAAAAUCAGACACUCACUCCCAAAAUCCACAUUACUUUUGCCUCUUUUUUUUUAUCUAUCCCAGACUUAGAACUGAAAACAGGCUCCAAACACUGUCAUCUCAUGCCUUGUUGGACUUUGAUGCUUAACAGUGUCUCUGGUAUUUGCCAUAGAUGUAGGGGGUUAUAUGAAUAUAUAAUGGCGCGUGUGAUGUGUGAGAAAAUUUGCUAUCCAGGCGGGUGCUUGAAGAGCUAGGUGGGAGCAAUAAGUUGAGUUGUUUUAGUAGGUCCUCAAAACAGAAUAGCUGUAUAGCUAGGGCUUUGUUUUUUCUUAAGUGGUACUACAACUAUCAAAAAUAUUGUUAUAAAAAGUAUUUUUAUACACUGCUAGCCUAACAUUGUAUUUCAGAUUGUGCCUCUUGUGACAUAAUUGAUAGCAAAUGUAAAGAAUUCUCUCUUCCAUUUCCUGUUAAACCUCAUAGCUGUUUUUUUUUUUUUUUAGUGUUCCUACUGUUAAAAUAGUUUUUUUUCUUUGGGCUUUACUGAUACUGGUCUUUGAUAGCUUAAUAGGAGAAUUUUUCUAAUGCAGUGAAUCCAUACGUAUAUAAUAUUUAUAUGACUAUUUUAGCAAUGUAAUAUAUUAUGUUGAAUUAUAGUUCUGUGCAGUACAAUGUAUUAUGUUAAAGUAUUUUUUCAAGUUUAUAUGUGAAGAUAUAUGUCUAUUGCAGAUGUUCUUGAAGAUUGCUUAAACCAUUCAUAUGUACCCAGUUUAGGAUAUGUCAAAGUACUAGGCAUGAAUAUAGGGAUUGAAAUUCCCAAGGAUCUUAAUACUCAGGUGUUAGAUGACUCAAUCUGCACAGUGUUAAGUUCUCUCUUAGAAGAAGGAGCCACUGUCCUUUGGGAACAGGUGACAUGCUCCAGUGUAGUACCAGGCCCUAAAAUGACAGUUAGCACAUUGAAUUUUCCCACACAGGUAGUAACAUCUGUUCAGAAACAAUUUAAGUAAGCAACAACUGGUUUGUGCAUUUCUAAGAAUACUACAGUAUUAGUUGGUCAUAACAUAAAGUAUUACUUGUUAUUGGAAAACUCAAGAUAGUAGCCUUAACCAGAAAUGGCCAACAGGAUCAGGUAUUAUUUUAAGGUUCAAACUUUUUGAUCUGUCAGCUACAGGAAAAUAAUAGUGCAGGGUUUUUGUUUGUUUUUAUGUUGGGGGGGGUUGUAUUUUUAUCUAGUAAGUUUACUGUUUCUGUAAGUACUGGUGAUAUCCAGGGAAUCAGAAAGUAAAAAACCAGAUCCUGGGAGAGUAAUGUUCUUCUGACUGAGCACAAAUAAAUACUUUCGAAAGGAGGUUAAAAUAAAAAGGAGUAUGAACAUUAUUACUGGGGAGAAGACUGAAGGGAAUUCAUUUAUAUUAGCAACUUGGUAAAAAUGAUUUAAAUUG